AUGGCGACAUUGCUGCGCCUAAAAGCCGCCAUUCUUCCGUCGCCUGUAGCGUCAUCGACGGUAUCCGGAGUCGCACCCCACCCGCGCAGCGCGCUCCUCGGUACCUCGCAUCUGCUCAUCCCAUCGCGAGCAACCACGUCCGUCGCAUUGAGUCGCACGACUUUCGUCGCUGGUCGGGCGGUUGGGCCUACGACCACACUUCUCGCCGGCCCGAGAAGCCUGCUGUCUGGUUCGGUUCCGAACCUACAACGCAAGGGAAUCUGCCGAGCCUCGUCCGCAGCUUCAGGGAAUCUAAGCUUGGGCGGCAAUGUAGCGGCAGGUGCGACGGCGUCUACGGUUUUCGAACCUGCGACCGAGGUUCGGGAUGCAGGCUUGUCGCCGCAGAGCGCACCGAACCUGGGAGGGUUCGAGUUUCCUGUGAUUAAGGAGGCGAAGCGGGUGGUGCUGGUGCGACACGGGGAGAGCACGUGGAAUGCGACGGGCAGAAUUCAGGGCAGCUCGGAUUUUUCCGUGCUGACCGCGAAGGGCGAGAGCCAAGCGGAGACGAGCCGGCAGAUGCUCGCUGCCGACUCGUUCGAUGUGUGCUUCCACAGCCCGUUGCAGCGAUCAGCGCGGACAGCGGAGGUUAUUUGGGCGGCACGCACGGCACCCAUGAUUCCGCUGCAUGAUUUGAGGGAGAUCGACCUGUACUCGUUUCAGGGAUUGCUGAAAGAAGAGGGGAAAACACGGUUUGGUGAGAACUACCGCAUGUGGCAGAAGGACGCAGCAAACUUUGAAAUUGACGGGCACUACCCCGAGGAAGGGAAGGCGAGGUUUGGCGAAAAUUACCGCAUGUGGCAGAAGGACGCAGCAAACUUUGAAAUUGACCGGCACUACCCCGUGAGGGAGCUGUGGGCGCGCGCAGCAGCGUGCUGGCAGGAAAUCCUGAGGAGCGAGGGGCGGUCCGUGCUGGUGGUGGCGCACAAUGCUGUCAACCAGGCGCUAGUGGCCACUGCCACAGGCCUGGGUCCGGAGUAUUUCCGCCUCUUGCUACAGAGCAACUGCGGCGUCAGCGUUUUGGACUUUGUCCCGCACUACAAGCCGCACGCCCCCACUCACACUCCGGACGAAACUGUGCCUCCAUACAAGGCGCACGACUACAGUCACGCUCACAGUGACGCCGGGGGUGCCAUGCCUGUGGAUGCUGCUUCUGCUGCUGCAGAAGCAGGGGCGGACGGAGAGGAGUAUUUGCUGCCCUAUGUGUGCCUCAAUAGGCUCAACCAGACCCCCGCACCUCCUGUAAUGGCAGGAGGGGUGUCAGGCGGACGGAAGGCCAAGGCGAGAGUCAUUCUCGUGUGCCACGGGGACACCAACAGCUCAGCGCAGCGCCGCUUCCCGCAGUCGCCGUUUGAGCAGCUGAGCAUGCUGGGCGUGGUGCAGGCGCGCAAGACUGCAGAAUUGCUGCUCGACGUGCGCGUCGACAAGGUCUUCUGCUCGCCGCUCCCCCGCGCUGUUCGCACAGCAGAGGCGGUGGUGGAGGUGCAGGAGGCCGCAGAGUGCCUGGGUGCUGACUGUGUGCCGCGGUUUGUUGAUGUGGUGAAUGUGGAAGAGCUCAGGGAUUUGGAGUACGGCACGUGGCAGGGAGCAAUGAUGGCAGAGGUAUCAGCACAUGAGCGCUGGGAGGAUCAAAUCAAAUCCUCCCCUCCUCCCAACGGAGAAUCUCUGCCGUCCCUAUGGGGCCGCGCUGAGAAGGCAUGGACUGUCAUUCGCCGCCAUCUGGCAGAAGUGGAGCGUGCCACAUCAGCAAGUGCAGGUGCUGAUGUGGCAGCAGCGGGGCCAGGAAGUCCCCCUAUUGAGCGAUCUGAAACUGUUAUUGUGGUGGGGCACGAGACAGUGUUUCAAGCAAUGCUUGCUUCGUGCCUGAAGCUUCCUCACGAUGCUCUGGGAAGCUUCCGCCUCGAUCCUGGGAGCAUCACCGUUGUUGAUUUCCCUGAUGGUGUUGGUGAGCCCAAGGACAGUAACGAGUCUGACAAUAAGGGGAACAGCGCAGCAGAAAUAGCAGCAGGGGUGGUGGGGCAGGGUGUGGUGAGGUGUAUCAACUACACUGCUCAUCUCGGCAGAUGGGCCGUGCCUGUCACUCUGCCUACAGCCAACGAUGAGGACUUCUGA